UACAACCUUGAAGAUGAAACUUGCUUUUGCUUUAUUGAUGUUGUUACCAGUAGUGUUUUCUACACCACAGAAAAGACUUAUUUUCGAUACGUUAUUCCAAACUGAUGAACUGAAAACAUUAGUAGACGGGAUUGUAGGUACAGUAGGUACUGAUGCAACUGAACAGGCAUGUGAAACUGAAUGCCAUACACUCAUCAAACAAGAUCAUCUCCUACAAUUUGGAUGUCCAUUGAUUUGUAAAAGUUUCCAGACUCUGGUUAACCGCUUUGGACAUUCCACAUCAGCUCCUCUGCCAACGUCCAUCUAAUUGUAGAGCAACAAAAUAAAUCAACAAGAUUAACUGUA